AUAAACAGCUGUUUAAAAAUCAAACAAAAAACCCUUCAGUUUAUUCUAUAUCGUUGUCGCAAUAAAAGAUUAGUUUUACGCCGAUAUCAAACGCAAGAUGCAGUUCUCAUGGAUGAAAGUGGCCAUAUACCUACUGACGUUUCUCACAUACGCCUAUUCCGGCUACGGAUCAAGCACAAUUGUUCAUCUAAGGGAUGCCAUCAUUGCCGCCGAGGCCAUAUUUGGUGACGUGUUCAAGAAUCUCAUCACAGUUGUACGCAAAUUUCGCACCGUCCACGAAGUCUUCGAUGCUGCCGUGGAGGAGAACUGCGUAUAUCAGUGUCCACCGCCAGACGGUGGGGGCCCAGCCCCCCGAGCCGUUCAAAAUAAAUUCUACACACCGACCGCAGACGGCUGCGGUUCGCUGGGGUUGCGCAUAAGCACGGACUACCUGCCGGCAGUGGAGAUGGAAACUUGCUGCAACGACCACGACAUCUGCUACGACACGUGCAACAGUGACAAGGAGCUGUGCGACCUGGACUUCAAGCGGUGCCUUUACAAGUACUGCGACAGCUAUGAGAAAUCCCUAACCAGUGACCUGAUGACAAAGGGAUGCAAAGCCGCCGCCAAGAUGCUAUUCACCGGCACUCUAACGCUCGGCUGCAGGUCAUUUCUGGACUCACAGAAGCGCUCUUGCUACUGUGCCCCAGCUAAACCGACCUCCUAUAAUGGAAACAAGUAUGCAAACAGCAAGGAAAAGCAGCAGCGCCAGAAGUUUGGCUGGAAGGAUCGCAAUGAGAUAUAGCACAUAGCUAACGCAUGGACGUAUAAAAGGAUUUAUAAUUAAGUAUGUGUUAAAUGUUGCUGUUAAACUUCGUUUCAUGUUAGUUUUUAGUGGAGCCCAUUUCCUGCCAAUAAUGGAAAUCGGCUCUAACUGACGAAUCUGAAUUUUUAUAUUUAUACACCAAAGAAAGUAUCUCCCCAAUAAACAAAUAUAUGGAUAUUCUUACCAAUGAAA